GAGGAGGCGGGGAUUAUGUGGAGAAGAGCAGAAGCGAAAGAAGUGGAUCAUUUUGUCCAAACUAAGCAGCAUCUAAGGCUAUGAGACGAUAAAAACAAUGUGACAACAAGAUGUCAGCUUCUGACUCUCCUCAUUGUUCUCCUCACUACAGGGGGAAACAAUUUGCCUCCCUGUCUCCGUCAGCAGCAUCUCCAACCAACAGGAAUUGCGCAGCGGUCCAGUUCCUGAGGACACGAGCAUAUCACCUGGAGAAUUAAAUGGCGAUGACCUCCACUCAGAAGCUUUAAAGACCAGAAGAAGAAACCAACGACACAGAGGAGAGCUUUAUAAAAACCUGCAGCCUCUCCUCCCUGGCAGAGGAUGGGAACAGCAGAAGCCACUUUGCGCAUGGACAGCAUGGAGGUGAAAGAUGAGUGGCAGGACGAGGACUUCCCCAGGCCACUUCCAGAGGAGGGAGAUGCUGGCUCGUGUGGGUUGACAGACAACAGAAACAAUCCUCCCACCAGUUUAAACGUCGGGGCCUCCAUAAACCAGAGAAAGCGACGCACUCUGGUUGCUCCUGACAUGAACCUGUCCCUGGAUCAGAGCGAGGGCUCGAUGCUCUCUGACGACUGUCUAGAAACACCUGACGACCUGGACAUCAAUGUUGACGACAUCGAGACUCCUGAUGAGACCGACUCCCUCGAAUUUAUGAACAACGGCAACGAGCUGGAGUGGGAAGAUGACACUCCUGUUGCCACAGCCAAGCGUCUUCCAGGUGAAAACGAAGAAGAGAGAGACUCGUCUGGUUGUCUGUGGAGAACGGUGAUUAUCGGCGAUCAGGAGCAGCGGAUUGACAUGCAGAUCAUCAGAACCUGGGUGGUCACACAUGGAGGUUAUUAUGGUGAGGGUUUGAACGCCAUCAUCGUGUUCGCGGCCUGUUACCUCCCUGACAGCAGCUGUGACGACUACACCUACAUCAUGGAGAAUCUGUUUCUGUACGUGGUGAGCAGCCUGGAGCUGCUGGUGGCUGAAGAUUACAUGAUCGUUUACCUGAACGGAGCAACUCCUCGCAGGAAGAUGCCUGGAAUCAGCUGGUUGAGGAGAUGCUACCAGAUGAUUGACAGAAAACUGAGAAAAAAUCUGAAACGUCUCAUCAUUGUUCACCCGACAUGGUUUAUCCGGACGGUUCUGGCCAUCUCGAGACCUUUCAUCAGCGUGAAGUUCAUGGAUAAGAUCCGAUACGUUCAAACUCUGGAGGAACUGAGCCACAUAAUCCCCAUGGAGCAUGUUCAGAUCCCUGAAUGUGUGCUGCAGUAUGAUGAUGAGAAAAUAAAAUCACAAAAAUCAAGAAUAGAGCAUGAGAAGCAACACACCAACUCAACCUUCUCUAAAGAAAGACCAAAAUCAAUGAUGGCAGAAGUUGGUCGUGACAUCUGACAUUACGGACUUUCUGACAUAUGGAAAAAUGGGAAACCGGCAUCACGAGCUUCUUGCACAAGAAAACCUCCUGAACGGAGCUAAUUAACAGCUGCAGGACAAUCAUUCCUCUGUAUUUCUCCUCUUUCACAUGUGUAACAAAAAACUAUAAGAAGACUUUGCAGCUAAAAUAGAAAAAAAAAGCUUCCUGCAUGUGAAAUUGAGUUGAACUGUAAAGCAUGAUUCCAACUUUAAAUAACAAAGAACUCUUCUUGGAGACUCUGUGACGCAGUUGUAAUAUAUUUUUAAGAAACACGUUUGCACAUGAAUGCCAUGAGUUUCGUUCGGUUUUAUGGGUAUUUGCUAAAACAAUGUGGAACAAUCUUUUUUUUUUCUAAACCUAUGAUUGAUGUUACAGAUGCAAAAAUGUGUUGCGGUUUCUCCAGCGUUAAAUAUGCAGUCAGCAUGCUUGUUUGUAUCCUUCUCUCCUUUGAUACAUAGUUUUUGUUAGUUUUCAAAAAAUAAAAAUAAAAAGUUGUUACAAUGGAAAUGAAGUACAUUUUAAGAGAGAGUCUUAUUAAAUAUUUUAAGUGUUACUCAUAUGUGCCAUUCACUGUUUGUACAAAAAUAAAUAAAUGCGCUAAAAGA